AUGGAUGAGAAGUUCAAGGAAGUCUCGAAGCUGAUGAAAGAGAUCAAAAGAAAGAUCGAAGCAGUAGCCCAAAGCAGCGCACACAUCAAAGAGUUUAAUUACAAGGUAGAGGCAUUAUUGGCAGCUUUCGAUGCAUAUACAUCUCACAUUCCGGAAAGUAGCCUAGAAACAGAUAGAGCCUCUUCAAAUGCAAUUCCAUCUAGGAAAAUCAUACAGAAGGAAAGCACAAGAGAAGAUGUAGUGGCUCCUCCGCCAAAAGUGAGGAAAGAGGAAAGCUUUGAAGAGUUUAUGAGAAGAAUGGAGUCCAGCACGGCAUCCAAUAAGGUGUUUAGAACUAACGCUACAAAAAUAGCAAAAUUUCUUUAUGGGAACAAAGAUGGGGCUGCACUGGAAGAAAUCAUUAAGCAUACAGGUAUCUCAAGGUAUAGAUGCGUCGAUAUCCUCAACUCGAUGCUUAGAACAGAUCCUCCGCUAGCGUCAAAAAGGUUUGACAAGGGAUUUAUUUAUUCCAUAGCGCUCCUCUGA